CAUACAAAUACACGAAUGCUGAUACUGUGAACAGAGAAUACCAGCUCAACUUGGAUGAUGGCGGGCAACUGAUGAAAAAAAAAGGAAACACCCAGGUUCAUUUAGCCCAUUCCAAAAUGGCAGCGCAAACGAUAGAGAUAGGUACACGAGUGAAGGUGAUAGAGAAGCGAGUAGUGGGCACAGGAAUAGUGGCCUACAUGGGAACUACCACAUUCCAACCAGGACAGUGGAUAGGUGUCGUUCUUGACGAGGCUAAAGGUAAGAACGAUGGAACAGUUCAAGGAAAGGCCUACUUCACCUGCCCACACAACCAUGGGAUAUUCGUUCGCCGUUCGGUGGUUCAGGUCAUCGACGACGCUAGGUCACUCACAAAAACAGCAUCGCUCGACCCAUGUCCGCCAGUGGGCUACUCGCCAUUAGAGACACCCAUGCCUUCUGGACCACCCACGCUCAUUUCAUCGGGCAUUCAUGCGUCCGAGCCGUCGCCAGGGUUACCGAACCCCUCUCAAGAUAAUGUCGUUGGGUCGGAUUGCGUGGAGGGUGCAAGACAGGAUGCAGAUAAUGUCGUUGGGUCGGAUUGCGUGGAGGGUGCAAGACAGGAUGCAGAUAAUGUCGUUGGGUCGCAUUGCGUGGAGGUGAUAUAUGCAAGACAUGAUGCAGAUCGUGUCGUUGGGUCUGAUUGUGUGGACAAUGCAGAAAAGGAUGCAGAUCGUGCCAACUGGUCUGAUUGUGUGGACAAUCCAAAACAGGAUGCAGAUGCUGACAUUGGGCUUGAUAAUCUGGAACAUUUAGUAAAAGUGUUCAUAGACGGUGGAGGACAACACGAUACUGGUUGUGGGAACGAUAACCUUUUGUUCAACUCUACAGAUCUGGUAGAAGUUCGUCUACAUAGGCGAUGAAGAUAUACAACAAUAACAACAUGGCCGCAAAAAACUGUUAUUGUUGGCGUCAAAUAAAUACCUUUCAAAAGCCUAAAAUAGUUUUCUAUUACAUAAUUAACAGAUCAGGAAAACACUCAUACCUCUGUAAUGUGUAUACAGAAGAAAAUCCACUUAAGCCCAAGACUCACUUUUGCCGGAAGAGCCCCGGUCCAUCCCGGUUUGCUAACGCCGGUCGACCGGCGAGGACCGGGAUGAUUCGUAGAAUUUUUUUUUACGCAGUCAGACUAUUUCCCGGUGCCGCCCCGGUUGAAGCCGGUCAACAGCCCGGCAGAGUCCCGG